AUGGCUUCUCCUAUUCCCCGGGGCCUCCGCCAGGUCCUCCAGAAAAGCCCCAACGAUAUCGUUAUCCUCUCCUCCCUCCGUACCCCAGUGACUCGCGCGAAGAAGGGUGGCUUCAAAGACGCCUACCCGGAAGAACUACUUGCCAAUGUGCUCCGCGCAACUCUGGAGGCAAACCCAAAGCUCGACCCGGCUCUGAUUGAGGAUGUUGCGAUUGGUUCCGUCCUGCAGGAGCUCGGUGGUGCGAAAGCCGGCCGUAUGGCGCAAAUCCAUGCUGGAUUCCCCAGUACUGUUCCGUUCCACACGAUCAACAGACAAUGCUCGUCGGGACUGGCGGCUAUCACAACCGUCGCAAAUGGUAUCCGCGCCGGUGCGAUCAACGUUGGUAUUGGUGGAGGAAUGGAGUCGAUGACCCGGAACUAUGGAUCUCGGGCUAUCCCCACAGUGCUGUGGCCUGAAUUGAAGCAAUCACACUCCAAGGACUCCCGCGACUGUAUUAUGCCCAUGGGUGUCACUUCGGAGAACGUCGCUACGCGAUACGGCGUCACCCGUGCGGACCAGGACGCUUUCGCGGCCGAGUCGCACAAGAAGGCCACCGCUGCGCAGAACGCUGGUCUCUUCGACUCUGAGAUUGUUCCCGUGAAGACCCUCUCGUUCGAUCUGGAGAACCCAGAGGCACCUCCCAAGGAGAUCGAAGUCACCAACGAUGACGGUAUCCGUCACAACAUCUCCGUCGAGAAGAUGGCCAGCCUUAAGCCUGCGUUCUCGGCAACCGGUACCAGCACCGCCGGUAACAGCUCACAGGUCAGCGACGGUGCCGCCGCGACUUUGCUGAUGCGCCGGUCCACCGCUACUGAGCUCGGUCUUUCCUCGUCGAUCAAGGCCCGCUGGGUGGGUAGCUCCGUUGCCGGCUGCGCCCCCGACGAGAUGGGUGUUGGUCCCGCAGUCGCAAUCCCGAAGCUUCUCGAGACGCUCGGCGUGGGCGUGUCUGAUGUCGGCAUCUGGGAGAUCAACGAGGCGUUUGCUUCGCAGGCGCUGUACUGCACGCGCAAGCUCGGAAUCGACGAGGCCAAGGUCAACCCUAAGGGUGGUGCUAUUGCUAUCGGUCACCCGCUUGGUGCUACUGGUGCUAGACAGCUUGCGACUCUGUUGCCGGAGAUGGAGCGUUCUGGACAGGAGGUUGGUGUUGUAAGUAUGUGUAUUGGUACUGGUAUGGGUAUGGCGGGUAUGUUUGUUCGUGAGUAG